GGUCCAUGUGAGUUUGAAAUUCCCAAGCGCUACGACCCAAAUGAAAGGCGAGACUCCAACAUUUCCAACAACAAAAUCACCGUUCAGGAGAUCGAUAUGGCUAUUUAUUCUAACCCUGAAAUAAAUGAACACAUGGCAGCACCAGCUCCCGCCCCUCCCCCGCUUGGGACGUUACUGUUCGAGAUUCGCUACGACACCUACGAGGAACAACUGAAUAUUCAUUUGAUUGGCGCCCGAAGGCUCCCGGUCAGGCACUUAGUAACCGAGCCAGGCGUAGCCUCGCAUGGCGGCGUCAUUAAAAGUGACCCAAUGGUGGAAAUUUGUCUACUUCCUGAAGAGAAACCUGUCAUUGAAAGUUAUACUCACUUCGGUAUUCAGGAUCCACAGUUCAAUGAACAUGUUUCCUUUAAGCUCACCUCUGCCGAACUGAACGAGAAAACUUUGCGCUUCACUGUAUUUGACAACAAACGGCGACACAGACUUACGCCAAUAGGUCACACGCUGUACUCUCUGAAGGGACAGGAGUUGGAUGGAGCUAUGAUAAUCGAGAGAAAUCUUAAACUUAACUCACAGGUAUGAUGAUUGUUCAGUGAGAGCGAGUCACAGGGAGCUAAUAGCUACAGUAAAAAUAGUCAACAAACAGCCAGUUUCUUUAUUUACAGAAAUUCCAUACAAUCGGCCAUUUCACUGUUUCCAAACCGUCUCAGAUUUUGCUGGUAUAUUGAGAGAUCGAAAGACUUUUUUCUUGAUGUAUUACGGACGCUAUUCGAUUUGUGACUCAGGGGCAUUGGAGCCAAGCAAUAAGAGGAUUGGUAGAAAUCUAAAAUCAUCACCGACUUACCCGAUUGUAAAAAUGGAGGUGCGUCGGGAAAAUGGAGCCCUUCCGAAUAUCCCGAUUUGUCAUUGGCCAUCCCAGAUAAUCGGGGAUGUCUAUAAAGGCCAGUUUUCAUUAGUCAGAAAACUCUGGGACGGUCGGGAAAUAGUGAAAUCCCCCACCAUCGAGAAGUUUCCCGGCGCAUAUGAAAACCAGCCUUAAAAUCAGAUAGAUAGGUUAUAUGCUGAGACCAAAAUAUACAGGAAUAACGAAAGGCUUAGGUAAACGGACACAGAAACCCCCCCCCCCCAUGUAACUUUUGGACCUUUUUAGAACUGUUUUCUGUGGUUUAACGAGAGUGCUAUCAAAUCUAUCUCGCGUUUUGCUUAAAUAUCUUGAUGGAGAACAUACAGACCCCAUGUUAGUUAUAAAUUAUGUCAUAGAAUUGGCCCAUCCUAAAAAUAAAUGUGUUCUAGAAAUAAUCUAUGGAGGGUUCUGAAUUUUGCGCCCUAAUUUUUUUUUUUACAAUAUUUCUAUUUAUAUAUCGCCACAUUCAUUUCUGUUUUUAGUAUAUAUUUGCUCGAUCGCUAAAUUACUUAUUUUGCUUGUGUUUUUUCAUUUUUCCAUAUUUCUCCAGCCCUAUGGCCACACUCGAGGCGAAAUUUUAUUGUCACUAAACUAUAACCCGGGAAUGAACACAAUCACGGUGGGAAUCACAAAAGCUCGAAACCUGAUACACUUUGAUGCACAUUCAAACAGAGGUGAGAGGCAUAAGAGUGCAUUUGUCAUUAAGACCAGUUUUCAAUUGAGUGUUUUUAAACCAAACCAAAGUGAUCCCAGCUGCCGACCAAUCAGAACAAAGGUUACAUCAUUGGCAGCCAAUGAGAACUCAUAGUGAAAACAAGCAAGCUGCUUGAAUGGCGGGAAAACGCAAAUGACCAAGUUACGUUAUUUCUUAGUUUUGCAUCUGAUUGGUUGAGAUAACGGCGCGAGUUUUCUAAACCAAUCACAAAGUAAAGUAAGGUAAAACCAAAAGGACCCGGAUUACCCUCGACGCUCGAUAUAAAUUGCUGUACUAUUCGUUAGGGAUAAAUUAAGGUCCAUGACAAAACAACACCAUUAGGAAAAUAUGGUAAUGUAAUAGGCUGAAACUCGUUUAUGUAACAAUUUAAAGUAUAAAUUUCGAGAAACAAGGAGCCCAUGAGCUCCUGAAGACACUUAGACGACAUCCAAAAGAAUUUUCCCGAAAAAGUCAAGGAAAAAAUCGCGAGAGAAAAAAAAUUCAUCCAAGCAAUGUCCACGUUAAAAUAACGUUUUCCAUUUUAAUCUCCCUCACAAAUGAAAUGGUCCUUCUCAGUGUCGUAUCUUUCUCCUGUCCUGUCUUGUAGGACUUCUGGAGGGGUACUACCUCCGCGAGAAAGAUAUUACUUAACUUUAAAGGAGUUUGUUAGAGACUUUUUAUCGCCAAGACACGUACCCGUGAUGGAAAAGUAACCAAUGAUUAAGUUGAACGCAAAGCUCGAUUUGUGAUUUGCGUAUGAAAGAAGGAAAAUUAUUAAAAAGUUUCUCCUUCAUCAUUUUGCAGAAUAUCUGGUUAAAAUCACAGAAGUCUUCUCAGGACAUAAAGUAAAAACGAAACGUACUCCCGCCGCAGACGGAGAGAAACACCCAAUUUUCCAUAGCACCCUCUCGUUCCAGGUCCCUAUCCAGCGUCUCAGCCACACAAGCCUGGUGCUGACUCUCAUGGGACGUGGAAAAAUGAGAAGCAACAAGACAGUUGGCCGCGCUAUCCUGGGGCCUGGUAUAUAUGAGUGCGAUAGCGAAAGAAGUCACUGGGGGCGAAUGAUCAUAUCACCGCUGAAAAAGGUCGAACAAUGGCAUGCUUUGUAUCUAUAA